GUGUGCGUGUGAAUGCAAACAAACAUUUACUAUUACUAUAAUACAACAACAACAACAACAACAACAACAACAACAGAAAUACCAAUAACAACGACUAGUGGCAACAAAUCAAUGAAUACAAAGUUGCCAUCGCAGUCGCCGUCAUCGCCACCGUUACCGUUACCAUCGCUGACGCCGCCAUCAUUAUCAUUAACUCCAUUGCGAGUAUGCAAAGAAGGGCGAGAAGAGAAAGCAAGAGCAGCAAUAUAUAAUAGUUAAAAAAAACCAAGGAAAAAAGUCAGCAACAGAGGCACAAAUAUAUGGGAAUUGCAUUGCAGCAGAAGCAGAAAUUCAUAAUCAACUUUUUUAGCUGCUAACCGCUAGACCAACAACUAGUCCUGCUGCCACAAGCCAUCCUACAAUUAACUCCAAAUCCCCUAACUGUAACUCCUUCUCCUCCUCCUCACUCUCCAACGACUACGCUUGUAAGCCGCCGCGUUAAUAGACUCGGUGAUUUCUGUUCGGUUCGCGAAACUCCAACACUUUAUACGCAUUUCGCUUUUACCGUCGAAUCGUCCAAUUUUUAACGCGAUUCGCCGCGCCUAUCAAAAUGUCGCCCGAGCAUAAAGCGCGCGUACACGCGUUGAAAUCGCUUCGUCAGGGAAUGUGCAAACAAGCAGCAGCAGCAACAGCCGGAUCUAAUGCACACGCAACGAGCACUUCAUCUGCACUGCAUAAGGAUCGCAGCAGAUCUGCAGACCACGCAAUCUCCACACUCAGGGUGUUGCAUAGGCCGAUUGCCUGCACCCUCGUCGGGAUCGUCGUUCUACUUAGCUGCCUCGUACAAAAUGCUUCAGGGCGUGCACCACCAGAGCCCUACUACGGUCGCUACAUCGGACAAUUCACCAACUUCGCACACGGGAUAAGGGGUACCGUUUAUGCAGUCGACGAAUCUACGCUCUUCAUAAAAUCCUUUGCGUAUGACGGCACGGGACCGGAUGCUUUCUUCUGGGUUGGUAAAACUCCACGCCCCAGUCCCGAAGGAUACAUCAUACCAUAUCCAGAAGAGUACGCUGGCAUCGACCCGCCAAUAUUGCAAGCCCACAACAAUACCGACAUCAUACUGCGUCUCCCCAUGGGCAAAAGGAUUAAGGAUAUACGAUGGCUAUCUGUGUGGUGCAGACGAUUUACGGUUGAUUUUGGUGAAGUCUUCAUCCCACCUAAUCUCGAUGUUCCGAAGCCCCGCGUGCUACCGGAGUUCAAGCGUUUAGCGCACGGCCUACGUUCAAGCAACAUAAGCGUUCUGGAUGCCAAAACUUUCUACAUACCAAAUCUGCACUACGAUGGCGCCGGUCCAGAUGCCUAUUUCUGGGUGGGCAAUGGCAGCGAACCCAACAUUAUGGGUGUCAAGGUACCCAAUGAAGUCGGCUCACUUGAGCCCCUGCGUGGUUAUCAAGGCGAAGAUAUCGAAAUCCAGCUACCCGGCUCGUUGACCGUAUACGACAUCGAUUGGCUAUCGGUUUGGUGUGUGGAGUAUAGACAUAAUUUUGGACACGUUUUCAUACCCAAAGAUUUGGAUGUGCCACCAGCGUUGGGUCAAACUAAAAUAACGACCACCACAACGCCACGCCCCGUUUACGCCAACUGCCGUGAAAUCAUACCCAACAAGUUGCAAGUCAAAUGGGAGUUGCAAGGUGAAUACAUACAAAUCGAGCUAUUCGGACGUAUUGGCGAGGAUCAGUACAUGGCUUUUGGUCUAUCCGGCGCAAAUGGACGCGCUCAAAUGUCGCAAUCCGAUGUGGUUGUUGCUUUCUACGAUACCACCGCACGCGUUUUCCGCGCCGAAGACUACUUCAUUUCCGAUUUGUCGCAAUGCGAUGGUCAACAUGGCGCCUGUCCCGACGAACGCAUCGGUGGACGCAAUGAUGUUGUCGUUUUGAGCGGCGAUCGUAAGAAUGGCGUGACCAGCAUUCGCUAUAAGCGUCUGAUACAAACCAAUGAACCAGUUUAUGAUUUUGCUAUACCGAUCGAGCGUGAGGUUUCUGUGAUCGCUGCGAUCGGCCCGUUGAACAGUCGCAAGGAGGCGAAUGCGCAUUCACACACCGGUACCGACCACACCGUCGACGACGUGCGCAUUAAUUUCUCAUCGCGGAACGAUCACUCUUGUAAGAAUUCACUGUACAGUCUUAAAGACGAGAGCGGUCCAACACCUUGGCCCACACGCAAAAUCGAUAACGCGACUGUGUUUACGGCACGUAUUGGUCCCACGGGCGGCAAGCGUGGUUAUACGCCAAUUACUGGCAUCCCGUCUUGGGGUAUUUCUUGGUACUUGAACGAUCAACUGAUACCAGAGAUAACGGUACAGCGUGGAAAAACUUAUGAGUUCCAUAUCGAGGGCGGUGAUAACCCCGCACAACCAGCCAGAUACCAUCCAUUCUACAUUACCGACUCACCGGAAGGUGGUCUAGGACAAAAGACUGGUCUUGAAUUAAGCAAACAAAAGACUUAUGCUGGUGUGGAGUUCGAUGAGGAUGGUAAUCCAAUACCGACAGCGGUUGGUCGCUACUGUGAAUGGGUGCAUCGCACUGUUGAUCGUUCAGCCGAGAUCGAAACCUUUGAGGAGUAUAUGAAGACCGUAAUGCUGGAGUGUGAAGAGGGUGAGCCGGGCUAUAUGAAUUGGACAGUACCAUUGGAUGCGCCGGAUCUGUUGUAUUAUCAGUGUUUCACGCAUCAAAAUCUUGGCUGGAAGAUACACGUAAUCGACGCCAAGGACUCAUCAGCUGCGCUACAAUUCACCAUCACAAACGCGUUUGUGUACACAAUUACCGCACUUUUUGGCCUGGUUGUGACGCAAAAUAUUUUCAGUUUGUCCAUAAAUGCCUGAUAGUGGACGAUUUAAAACAGAAAUUUGUAAAUUUUUUAAACGCCAAGCGAAAAAUGUUGCAUGGGCCAAGCGAAAUGCGCAAAAUGAGGAGAAAAAAAUGAAUAGUAAUUAAAUUUUAAAUUCGAUUAAACUAUGCAAUUUGAAUUCCAUUUACGUGUACGAAAACAUAUCUCUCAAAGUAGAAGCAUAUCCAAGAAGAGCGCAUAUCGGGACUUUUGAAAAUCCACAUUGUCAUAAAUAAAUAAAGCAUAUCCCUACUAAAACCAACGCCAAGGCAACAAAAGUGAUUUAAAUUGGAAAAAAUAGAAAAAUAUAAAAAUAGAAAAAUAAUUAAAGAAAUGCUUUUGAAUUGUUAAUCCAACAUUUUAGGUGUUUAGAAAUUGAUUUACUAGGAACAAAAAUACAAAAUCCAAAAAUAAAAAAUUAAAAAUAAUAGACUAACGGCAUCUUAAGAAGAAAACAAACCUCACCUGAUAACAAAUUCAAACCAUUUUUGCGUGCUUUGUUUUGCCCAUUCGCAUUCUCGCUUCAAAAGUUUCAACAAACUGAAAGUUUUGCAAACCAAACAACCAGGCUAAUAUCAUCUAAAAACAUAUCUUGACAAUAAUUUUAAGACAACAAAUAUAGGAAACAAGAAAAAUAGGUAAAACAAAAACAAAAACAAAAAC